CUGUUUCUCGGAUUCCGCGUAGUGUCACUUUGGCCUGCAGCGGCGGACGUUUGUCAUCGUCAAAAAGCGUUCGGAGAUUUGCCAGGAGAAGGCGGGACCCGUUAUUUCCCCCUUGCCUUUUUCCCCUCAUCUCUCCCACCGCCCAAAGAGGUAUAUACAUGCAUGCGAAGAUGCCGGCUGGCAGCGGUUUGGAAGCGACGACCGCUGUGGAAAAUGCACGCGCUCAGACGAGAAAGUCUUCCAAACCCAUCAUGGAAAAGAGAAGGCGGGCGCGAAUCAACGAGAGUCUGGGCCACCUGAAGACACUCAUUUUGGAGGCGCUCAAGAAAGAUAGCUCCAGACACUCCAAAUUGGAGAAGGCAGAUAUCCUGGAGAUGACCGUCAAGCACCUCAGGAACCUACAACGACCUCACGUGACAGUCGCUGUGGGCGGCGACCCGUGCGUGCUGGGUAAAUACAGAGCCGGGUUCAACGAGUGCGUGGUCGAGGUGAGCCGUUACCUGUCGGCGUGCGACGAGGUCAACUCGGAAGCGCGGAGCCGCCUGCUCGGCCACCUGGCGGCCCGCGUCUCCCAGAUGAACGCCGCGGCCUUCUACCGGUCGGGACAGAGCGGGAUUCCCGCCCCUCGGCUCGCGGGCAAAAGCGUCUCGGCCCCGGACGGACGUUUGGCCUUUCCCCUUCCCGGCGCGGCCCUCGCGCCUCUGAGCGCGCAAAGCUACAUAUCUCCUGGCGCGCCUCCGCUGGCUUCAGACUCUGUGUGGAGACCCUGGUAGAGUCAGAAAACUGGACUAUCACGCUGUUUGACUUCAUUUUUUCAGAAAUUCUUUUGCAAAGGAGCUGGAAAAUGUUUGAUUUUUGUUGUUGUUUUUUAUUUUUAUUUUAUUUUUUAUAAGAUCUAGAUCAGUAUUUCCCGACUUUUAAGUUUGGCUGCCAUCGACGAUAGACGUCCAAUACAUUUUUUCAAUACCUCUCCUGAACAAUACUUUUCAUUGUAAAAAACAACAAGCAAGACAAUAUAUUAACAUACAAAGUCCAUAAUGAACUAUAUUGGAAAUUUUUCACCGUCGACGAUCAUGACGGAUUCAUCGCCCGAAGCUAACAUCUGUGCCGCCAUUGGAAGUGAAUGAAUGAAGAAAUGUCACAGAACGAGUAAAAAUCAAACAUUUACUUACAAAUACACUUAAGUAGAUACUAAAUCCGAUGCAGUGUUCUGUCAAACGGAAGCAUUAAAAACGGUGUCAUAGAGUAUGAUCUACAGUAUAUUGUGUGUUGGUUACAAUUGGUUAGCCUGGAGACAU